AUGGCCGAAGGAGGCGGACCUGACUCGGGCGGCGCUGGGGACUCCGAGUCGGAGUCGCCGGUCGCUGUUACACAAGCCCCGUCCCCUUCUACCGAAAACCAAAAACAAACUGUCGGGUCUCUUAUCAAAACCACCCUGAGGAAAGGCGAUGAAUGGUAUCUUAUCGACAGCCGGUGGUUCAAACAGUGGAAGAAAUAUGUGGGUUUCGACAGCUGGGAUAUGUACAACGUUGGCGAGCACAGCCUCUACCCUGGACCUAUUGAUAACUCUGGUUUGUUCUCAGACCCGGAAACUCAGGCCCUGAAGGAGCACCUUAUUGAUGAGCUGGACUAUGUUCUUGUUCCCACUGACGCCUGGAACAAACUCGUGAGCUGGUACGGCUGCCUGAAAGGCCAGAGGCCCAUUGUUAGAAAGGUGGUUGAACAUGGCAUGUUCGUCAAACAUUGUAAAGUGGAAGUUUAUCUGCUGGAGCUGAACUUAUGCGAGAAUGACAACAUGGACAACGUCGUCACGCGGCAUUUCAGUAAAGCCGACACUAUCGACACGAUAGAGAAGGAGAUGAGGACGCUGUUUAAUAUCCCUUCAGAGAAGGAGACGCGGCUGUGGAACAAGUACAUGAGCAACACAUACGAGCAGCUGAACAAGCCGGACAGCACGGUUCAGGACGCAGGGCUGUUCCAGGGACAGGUUCUUGUAAUUGAACGCAUGAAUGAGGAUGGGACAUGGCCCAGACAAACAUCUCACCCCAAAUCGAGUUCAACAGCAUCAAGGACUUUCACUACCUCUCCAAAGCUUUUGUCAAGCUCAUCUGCCACGGCCUCGUCCACGGUCACCAACGGGGACAGCAGCAGUAGCAGCAGCAGCAGCAGCACAGGAUACACGCUCAACAACAGCGCCUCCUCUGGCAACAGAAUGGGAGGCUACAGCUCAUACAGCUCGUCUUAUAACUACAGGGAGUCUCAGUCGCAGCCCGGUCUCUGUGGGCUCAGUAACCUGGGAAAUACGUGCUUCAUGAACUCAGCUCUGCAGUGCCUGAGCAACGCUUCCCCGCUCACCGACUACUUUCUGAAUGACCAGUACGAGGCGGAGAUUAACCGGGAAAACCCUCUUGGAAUGAGGGGCGAGAUUGCAGAGGCUUAUGCUGAUUUAGUCAAGCAAAUGUGGCUCAGUCGGAGCAGUUACGUCGCCCCACGCUCUUUUAAAACCCAGGUCGGCCGCUUUGCUCCUCAGUUUUCAGGGUACCAGCAGCAGGACUCGCAGGAGCUGCUGGCGUUUCUUCUGGAUGGUCUCCACGAAGAUCUGAACAGGGUCAAGAAGAAGCCGUACCUGGCUCUGAGAGACGCAGAGGGGCGUCCGGACGAGAUCGUUGCUAAGGAAGCAUGGACGAACCACCGGUUGCGGAACGACUCCAUCAUUGUCGACAUUUUCCACGGCCUUUUCAAGUCUACCCUAGUGUGUCCCGAGUGCGCCAAGGUGUCCGUGACCUUCGACCCCUUCUGCUACCUCACGCUGCCCCUGCCCAUGAAGAAGGACCGCACCAUGGAGCUGUUCCUGGUGCGCUCCGACCCCCAGUCCAGGCCCACACAGUAUCGUGUGAUUGUUCCCAAACUGGGUUCAGUGACAGAUCUGUGCAGCACCUUGUCCAAGCUCUGUGGAUUCCCUGCUGAAAACAUGGUGGUAGCGGACGUCUACAAUCAUAGGUUCCAUAAGAUUUACAGACGAGACGAUGGGCUCAACCAAAUCAUGGAGAAAGACGAUAUCUUUGUGUAUGAGGUGCAGGAGGAGGACAGCGAGCGCAUGAAUCUGCCAGUCUACUUCAGGGAGCGUCACUCCAAACAGUCGAGCGGCUCGUCCAGCACCAUGCUGUUCGGACAACCGCUGCUACUCACGGUGCCGCGGCAAAGCCUCAGCGCGGAGCUGCUGUACGACAAGAUCAUGGAGAGGAUUGGGCGGUAUGUGAAGCCAAUGUCGGCCUCCAGCUGCGAGAGCAGAGCUUUGGCUUCAGCGUCGGCUUCAGCGUCGGCUUCAGCGUCGGCUUCAGCGUCGGCUUCAUCCUCGGCUUCAGCCUCAGCUACGGCUUUGGCUUCACCUUCGGCUUCAGCCUCGACUUCGGCCUCUGCUUCAGUCUCUGCUUCAGUCUCUGCUUCAGUCUCUGCUUCAGCCUCUGCUUCAGCCUCUGCUUCAGCCUCAUCUUCAGCGUCUGCUUCAGCCACUCUGAGCAGCAGUCAGGCCGCCGAUCCCUUCGCGUCUGGGGACCAUGGGCUCGUCCCGGCUCUCAGUCCAGGUCUGGACUCUGGGUCGAGCCCCGGAGCGAGCGGCUGUGCGAGUGCACUCUCUGACGGAGCGUCCUGCAGCUCAACCAACGGCACCAACCACACUGCACCCUGCCCCCACACCAACGGCACGUACGAUGGGGAGGAGGAGGCCAUGGACCACCAGCAGAGCCCAGAGCCAGACCACGCUCAGUCCGAGGAAGAGGAGGAGGCAGCACCGUCUGAGCUGGAGAACGGGACGAAGGCAGAGAAACCCAACUGCUCUUCGCCACCGCGACUCUUCACCUUCAGCAUCGUCAACUCGUACGGCACGGCCAACAUCAGCCCACUGCCCUGCGACGGGAACGCCCUCAAGCUCAAUCCACAUUCCACGGUGGCGAUCGACUGGGAUCCCGAAUCCAAGAAACUGUGCUAUGACGAACAGGAGGCAGAGGCCUACGAGAAGCACGACAGCAUGCUCCAGCCGCAGAAGAAGAAGACCACAGUGGCUCUGAGGGAAUGUAUCCAGCUGUUCACCACCAUGGAGACGCUCGGAGAACAUGACCCCUGUGACAUGAUUCAAGUGCUGUCUCUGCCACCGAUGCGUCUGUUGAAGUCCUGUCGCUCACAGAUGUCAGACACCCUCCACACAGCGGCUUCAGAGGGCGUCGUCAUGGAGUGA